AUGUCCGACACCCGCAACGUUUGCAUCACCGCCGUCGACGGCCAAACCGGCUUCCUCAUCGCCGAGCUCCUCCUCAAAGAAGAGCGCUUCAAGAAGCAAAUCACCAGCCUCAGCGGCCUCUCCCUCGACCCGACCUCGGCCAAGGCCAAAGAGCUCGAGUCGCUCGGUGCCCUCAUCGUGCCCCACAACCCCGGCCGCGAGCGCGAGAUGGUCAAUGCCCUCAAGAAGAUCGGCUGCGACACCAUCUGCCUGAUCCCUCCCGCGAAGGAGGACAAGUUUGACAUUUGCGUCGAGCUGACCAAUGCGGCCAAGAAGGCGGGUGUUCAGAAUGUGCUGUUGAUUAGUGCUGCUGGGUGCGAUUAUGCCGAGAGGGACAAGCAGCCGAGACUGAGGGAGUUUAUUGAUUUGGAGGCUUUGGUGCUGGCUGAGAAGGGUAAUGCGGAUGUUGCCUUGGGACAUUCGCCUUGUGUUAUUCGUGCUGGUUUCUACGCCGAAAACAUCCUCUUGUACGCCCAGCAAGCCCAGAGCGAGGGCGUCCUUCCUCUACCCAUUGGCGAGAACCACAAGUUUGCUCCUGUUGCCCUCGGUGACAUUGCGCACGUCGCUGCCCAUGUUCUCUCCGGAAAGGGCCCUCACGGCUUUGACGACAAGCACCGCGGUCAGAUGAUGGUCAUCACUGGACCUAUGCUCUGCGCUGGAAAGGAGCUUGCCGAGUCGGCCAGCAAGGCUUUGGGUCAGACGAUGGAGUUUGAGAAUAUCUCUGAGCGUGAGGCGAAGAGAAUCCUCAAGAACCAAGCCACCAUCGACGACUCCGAGAAGGAGUACCUCCUCGAGUACUACAGCCUGGUGCGUGAGGGCAAGACCAACUACAUCGCCACGACUGCUUUCCACGAUGUCACGGGCGAGCACCCCACCGAGCCGGACGAGUUCUUCCGCCUGUAUGCUGGCGAACUGCGUCCCAAGAAGAAGGUGAAGCACAAUGGUGCUUAA